AUGGCUGCCGGCGGCGGGGUGCGGUCCAUCAUGAGCGAGGACGGCGACGAGCCGGCGCGUCGCCGCCUGCGAUCUGCCCCUGCCGGCGCGCCACCGAGCGGCGGCGACAUCCUGUGGGAGAUCUUCCUCCGGCUGCCCGCGCUACCCUCCACCCUCCCGCGCGUCUCCCUCGUCUGCAACCGCUGGCGCCGCCUGGCCGCCGACUCCGGCUUCCUCCUCCGCUUCCGCAGCCGCCACCAGAAGGCCCCGCUCCUCGGGCUCUUCAAGGAGUACGGAGGGUGGGUCUCCUUCACCCCCGUCCUCGCCCGCCCCGACCGCGUGCCCCGCCAGCGCCUCUCCAUGCGGAUCGACUACGGCGGCGCCACCGACUCCUACCCCUACCACGGCACGCUCCUCGGGUGCCGCCACGGGCGCGUCCUCGUCGUCGACCACCGGCGGCGCGAGGCCCUCGUGUGCGACCCCGUCACCGGCGACCAGCGCCGCGGCGCCCUCCCGCCGGAGUUCGGCUCGGGCAACAUGGCCCACGGGGCGGUGCUCUGCGCCGAUGGCGACCCCGGGCACGUGCACGUGGGAUGCCACUCCAGCCCCUUCAAGGUGGUCCUGGUGCAGACCUUCUCCAGAGGGAAUUAUGAUUCCCGAGCCCGCGCCCGUGUCUACUCGUCGGAGACCAGCAUGUGGGGCAACCUGAUCUCGGCGCCGGAACGAUUGGAAGGCGGUUACGUCGAUUUCAGCCGCCCCUCAACCCUCGCCGGCAACUCCCUUUACUGGUGGAUCCAUGGAUCUUAUGACAUGGAGUUACUUGAGUUUGAUAUUGGUAGGCAGAGCCUAGCCGUGAUCCAAAAACUUCCUGUUAGAGAUAUCCAGAAAUCGAAAAGUUUCAUCCACAUCAUCCGGGCAGAGGAUGGCGGUGUUGGCUUCGCCAUGUUGUCGUAUCCAAGCCUCCAAAUGUGGGACCUGAAGGCUGAUGGGGAUGGUGCCGCCACAUGGUUUCCGCCGAAUACCGUGAAUCUCGAGCUCGUCCUGAAUAUGAGGGCUGCCGAAACAGCUAUAGUCGGGUAUGUGGAGGACGACGACGCAAUUCUUAUAAAGUUGAACAACGACGUCUUCAUGGUUCAACUUGAGUCAGUUGAGUCAAGGAAACUUUGUGAAAGCAUUGUGAGGCACCAAUAUCAUCCUUUCACAAGUUUGUAUUCUUCAGGGGAGUUUGGUCGCUGCAGAGGUCUGGAUAGCAUGCCGAGCCCAGCAGAUCCGGCCAUCCCGACGAGCAUAGCAGCUCCACCUGUCAUGAAGGCACCAGAGCAACGGGCUUGGACAUUCCAGCAUGUACCAAGGAAGCGUAGGAGUUGA